GAAGCGGAAGCGCGUGAGUCUUGAAGUGAAGCAUGCAGCUGAAGAGAUGUUCCCUUCAAAGUGAGCAGCAGCUGUUACUUCUCAGUCUGACCCAGAGAACCGCCGGUACCGCUUCUGACGCCGUCUGGACCGACUGGGCUGCUUUUAUCCGCGCUCCGCCGCCAUGGCGCUCAUCAUGGACAGAGAUGCGGCCGUCCUCCAGGGAGCUUUCCUCCAGGCGGAGAAGCUGUGCCUCCCUUCCUCCCUGGCCUCCAUCCGCAAGGCCGACUGGAGCCGCGUCGGGCGCCCCGUGCUGCAGGCGCUCCGGGAAAUCUGCGGCCCGGAUGAAGGCGGCGGUGGGCCCAGCAGCCUCCGGGCUUCAGCGCUGAAGAAGAGGGUGGUCGGCGUCGUGUGGCUGAAGCUGCUGAGCAGGGAAGCCGAGGAGGACGUGGAAACGGCGUGGAGAGAGAACGCCUUCUUCCCCCUCCAGAACGGCCUCCCCGAGCUCAACCACGUGGUCCUGCUGGAGCUGGUGAAGUCGGCCGCGGCUGCGCGCCCCUUCGCCCGGCUCCUCCUCCGCCUGCCGCGGCCUCGGAUCGCCGCCGAGCUGCGGCGGCUGGCCGAGCACGUCGGGAGCGAGCCGGCCGGGGAGGAAGACGUCCGUUUUUUCCUGGAGGUGUGGUGGGAGCUGUGGAGAGGCAGAGGGGAAGUGGACGCAGGGAGCGAAGGGAGCAUGGAGACGAUGUUUGCCGAGCGGUUCGCCCGCCUGGCCUCGGACGCCCCCGGUCUGGCUCCUCACGCCGCCAAGAGGCUGAAGCUGGACUCUGCAGACACCGACGUCCUGCAGGUUCUCCUCCACGCGCUGAGAGACAUGGGCGACCUGCUCUGUUCCGCAGACGCGUGCUUCCAGGCCUUAUCCGUGUCUCUGGAUGCUGUGUACACGUCCUUCCUGAUAAAACAGGAAGUGGUCGCUCCUCUCCCAGAGAAGCUGGACUUCCUGUGUAUGGCGGUCUGCUGCAGAGGAGGGAGUCAGACGCUCUGCCCUGAACUCAUCCAGGACGCUCAGAGAGACCUUAGCGCUUCUCUGUCUCCGUCUCAGUUUGAGCCCAGCAGCAUGGAGCUGCCUGAAGCUCUGAGGAUCAUAACGGAUCUCGCCCGGCGUUGGAAAGACGGAGGUCUCCUGACGGCGGGCGAGCCUCCGACGCCGUGUUACCCCGGCUUCCUGCUGCAGCGGAGCGUCCGGAGAGUCCUGCCGGCUCUGGCCGCAGCUCCUGAGGCUGCGACGGAGGAGGUCCCGCUCAGGGAUCUGCUCCGGUCGCUGGAUCUCCCCGCCGCUCAGGAGGCUCCUGAGAUGCAGGCUGGGGUGACGGCCGCCAUCGUCGCUCACCGCCUGCAGGACUACCAGGACUUCGCCGAGCUGUUGGCGGGCCAGGCGUCCUGGGCGCGCUCCGACGGCUGGGUCCGCUGCCUGGAGGAGAACCAGGCGGCCUUCCGGCGGCCCCCCAGCCUCCGCGGCCUCUCCUCCACCCUCAUGAGCCUCCUGCACGCCGACAGCCCAGACGUGGGUCGCUGCAGGAAGCUGAUGAAGAUCACCGCCGACGUUUUCUCCGCGCUCUCUUUAGAGGACAAGAACCGGGCGCUGGCGGCCAUGCUGGCGUCCUCCAGCAGGGGCUUCUUCGGCCGCCCCGUCCCCCCCGCUGUGACGGAGGGCUUCGAGCAGGAGCUCAACAUGGCCUUCAACUGCAUCAUCCAAGGAGGGGGCGGAGCCUCGGCAGCGGCGUCGCAGGGCAACCUGACCACCGCCGCCUCCUUGGUAGCCAGAGUGGCCUUUCAGAACCCGGAGGCGGCUCUGAGGUCCUGCUGCCACUCGGCUCUCUUCAACCGGGGCUGCGUGUCUCUGAUGGCCAGGAUCCUGCAGCAGCUGCCUGGACUCCUCGCUCAGGGGGCAGGAGGACACCAGGGAGAAGCUGAAGACCACAGCGGGGGUCCUCAAAGCGGGGGCGGUCUGCUCUGCAGGUGUUUGCAGGAGGCGAUGGGGAGCAAAGCCAUGUCGGCCAAUGAAACGCAGCAGCUGCUGCAGUUCCUGGCUCUGCUGAUGGCGCCGUACGGGACAACAGAGGAGGAGCAGAAGCGAAGCUUGCUGUCGCCUCAGAUGGUGGUCAACACCUUCGUCCUUCCCAGCCUCUCCGCUGUGGGUGACCACGGCGUAGACCCAGAGUUCAGCCUGCAGCUCCUCCACGCUGCUCUGGCUGUGGAAGGAGCUCCUUCCCCUCACUGGGUGUUGGGCUGCUCCCCCUUCCCCCUCCUCUUUGUCCUGGCCCAGCUUUACUGCCAGGCGUACAGGUGUUGGGAGGAGCCACCAGAGGGCGCCGUCCACCUGCGCUCCAUGGACACCAAGGAGCUGCUGGUGUCGGUGCUGACCACCCUGGGCCAGGUGGUGGGGGCGGAGGUGGAGGCAGCCCCCAGCAGCUGGUCCAGGGCCCUGUUCUGGCUCUACAACAAGGCCGAGGAGCUGGACUGGACCGUCCGCCUCCACCUGAAGCCGGUGUGGGGACAGCAUUUUAAAAACGAGGUGCCCUCCUCCUUGCUGGAGGUGUGCGAGCUCCCUGAACAGGAGUGGUCCGGCCUGGACCUCCCUGAGUACGGCCAGGGCACGGGUCUGUUAGCCUGGAUGGAGUGCUGCUCCCUGUCCGACUCCCUGCGCUCCACCAUGCUGUCGGGCCUCUCUCUGGACCGCCGCCGGCCCGACCACGUGGCCAUGUUUAGCAAAGGCCUGCUGGUGGCGCUGACGCAGACCCUCCCCUGGUGCUCCGUCUCCCAGUGGGCGCGGCUGCUGGGGGUCCUGCGGGAGCUGAUGGCGUCGGCUCGCCUCAGCGUCCCCUUCUCUCUGGAGUACGUGGACUACCUGCCCCUCCUGGACCUGAGGCGGUUCUCCUGCGAGCUGCGCCUGUCCGUCCUCCUGCUGCGAGUUCUUCAGCUGCUCUGCGGCUCCAGCUGCUCCUCCUGGCUGUCCCCUGACGGCUGGGCUCACGUCUGCAGGCUGUACGCCCACGCUGUGAGGAGCAUGAUGAGCUGCGUGAAAGCCAAGCUGCCGCUUCAUGCUCCGCCCAAAGGUCCUGAUCCCAGAGACCCCGAGCCUUCCACAGAGACGGAGGAAGGUCCUGGGAAAGAUGCAGAGGACUCUCCUGAGGAAUCGGGCGACGCUGCCGUGGAGGAGGAGGCGCACACAGCUCCCAGCCAGGAGGUGCUCUUUGUCCUCAGCCAGCUCUUCUGCCAUGUCCAGCACAUCCAGGUGAUGAUGCCAGGAGGCCAGUCGGAGCCUCUGUUCCUGUGCAGCCUGGAGAUCCUCAGUCACUACGAGGCCAUCAUGGCGGCGUUCCCAGACAGCUGCAGCCACGUGGACAGCGACAACACCCGCCACUUCUUCUCCACCAUCACAGACAACCUGAGCGACCAGCAUAUGAAGGCCGUGCUGCAGCAGAAGAUCGCUCAGCUCGUGUCGUCUGCAGCUUGAUCACACGCUCGGUUUUCUGCUGCUGACGACAUCCUGAAGAUCCUUACAAAAACCACGAGAUGCAUCGAGUUUGGAGAAAAAGCUGUAAAAACUGAAAUCUAGGGAAAUAAAUGUUAUUUUCUAGUGGAGUUGA